AUGAUUCAAGAGCUAGUAAAUGAUUCUUAUGAAAAAUGCUUCCAGCGAGAAAUGGAAAGUUUGUUUGGCGAUUUUGAACUCGACGGCGAUUGCGGUACAGAAAACGUUGUUAGAUGUUCUCUCAUAAAUCCGUCUUAUAGUUCCACGCUACAAGAAGCUAUCACCAAACUUCUAGAUGCAAAGCUAACGAUUGAUCUUUUUGGAUUUCACGAUGAAAGCCAAGGAGCUACAAAAGUAGAUGACGACGCACGACUAUCAGAUCAAUUGACUGUCCUAAUAAACGACAUUGGUAUCGCCAUGAAGAAAUUGGAGUAUGCACUGUUCCGAGGCAAGAUCUACAAGAAGAAAUCCGAAGCGAAGUACACAUACGCCUACAAAUGCGAGGUCAGUGCAUUUGUAAAUUGCCUUGCGUCGAACGAAUCUUUCAAGGGGAGGUUGCUAAAGAACAUGAGAAGAGUAAUCGACAUUCUUGCCGAUCCAGACUGCGAAGUCAUACGUCCAAUUAGGGUCGACUACAACCUUAUUGAAGUGAACGCUGGCCACUGCUGGUCCAUUAAAGAAAGGCGCUUUUUGGAAAGUCCCAUUCCAGAAGAAAAAGUUGGCCUGGUCACGCCACGUGCUUUCUCAAAGUACGAUCCUCAACGAAAUGCAGAUCCUAAGUACUUCAGGGAAAUCCUAGAAAACAGCCCAACGGACAGCGACAUCAGUGAGUUCUGCGACGACUUUCUAAAGUUACUACACUUUAAUCAGAAACGUCACAAAGACAAAGUGCCGUGUCUAAUUUGGGACGCCAAUAGCGGAAAGACUAGUCUCUUUCAACCAGUCCUUGGACUCAUCCACCACUCCAACAUUGCAACCGUUACGAAACAGAAAGCUUUUAACAAAGCAAUGAUCAAUAAAACCACCGAAGUGAUUUUUAUUGACGAAGCAUCCAUCUCAACUAUGGAAAUAGAUGACUGGAAGAUAUUGACUCAGGGGGGUUACACAGCAGCCGAUGUAAAGUACCAGACAGCCAAAUCAUUCAUCAACCGGUGCCCCUGUUAUCCCUGUUAUUUCCAGCUG